GUGCAGAAUUGCAAUCAAAAUGGGUAUUCUUGUCUUUGAACACAUAUUUAUGCUCAAUUACGCCGUUAAGGGGGUCAGUUUGGUCCUUGACUGGCAGUAAAAGAGGUACUGUAAAUAGCUAAUUUCUCCGAGCAAGAAAGGCUGGGAUCGGAUCUUGUAAUAUCCAUUCUUAGCUAGUUUCACAAAUCGGAGUAAAUUUCGUUCUGGGUUUGUAAAGUAGAGCCUGUAAAUUCAUGAGAAACAGAGAAAAUUGGAGGAAAAAAUGAUUGCUUUAUUGCUGAAGAAACCGUGGGUUAGUGCAGUGUUGCUGAUUUGUUCUUUCUUUCUCAUCCUUUCUUUGUUCUCUACUUCUUCUCCCUUCUCUGGGGUCCCCAGUAGUUCGUUUUUCUCUGACAGGCCUGAGAUUUGGAGUUUGAAAAGAGUUGUUGAAUGGAGGCCUUGCAGAUGGUGGCUCCAAGAAUCUCCUUCACGUUAGUCUUUCCUAAAUUUUAUUAGUUAAUUUCUUGUGUUUCACUUUUUCAUAUUCAGACUGGAAUAGUUAUAGAGUCUGCCGACAAUGGUUUUAGCAAUCUAGAUUCCACUAUGGAUGUUAAAAUUUGGCUGAAAUUUUGAGAGCCCUUUAGACUUCAUUAAUCUUUAAGGCAUAUGACUGUGAUUAUGCAUCUGUAGAAUCACAAUUCGUUUUUAUUAACAAUGAAUAAACAAAAACAAUAUUUUGAAUGGAUUUGCAUUUUUAGUGUGUUCUAAGUUAAAAUUGGCUGGCUUCCAAUGCAGACCUUUGCAAUUGGUUUUUUGUGUUCAUAUGCUGCAGCUCUACCAGCUCAAACUAAUGGCUUUAUUCGGGUGGAUUGCUAUGGUGGGCUCAAUCAGAUGAGAAGGGAUUUUUGCGAUGGUGUUGGUAUCGCUCGUCUGCUUAAUGCUACUCUUGUUCUACCCAAGUUUGAAGUAGCUGCAUACUGGAAUGAAUCAAGUGGGUUUGGAGAUGUGUUUGAUGUGGAUUAUUUUAUUGAACAAAUGAGUGGCUAUGUUCAAGUUGUGAAGGAGUUGCCCCCAGCUGUUGCAUCAAAGGAGCCUUUUCGAGUUGAUUGUAGCAAAAGGAAAGGCCAGUUUGAUUAUGUUGAAAGUGUGCUUCCUUCCUUGUUGGAGCAUCAAUAUAUAUCUAUUACACCUGCAAUGAGCCAGAGAAGGGAUAGGUAUCCUUUAUAUGCAAAAGCUGCUCAUUGUCAAGCCUGUUACAAAGCAUUGCGCCUGACCAAGUACUUGGAGAAGAAAGGCUCUGAACUUCUGCAGGCUAUCCCAAAGCCCUUCCUUUCACUUCACCUGAGAUUUGAACCCGACAUGGUUGCUUACAGCCAAUGCCAAUAUUCUGGCCUUUCGGCUACCUCCAUGGCAGCUAUAGAGGCGGCACGUGGAGAUCGCAAGCCCUUGACUGGUGAAGUGGCUCAAAUAUGGAGAAAUCGUGGAAAGUGCCCUCUUACUCCAAAUGAGACUGCUCUAGUUCUUCAGGCUCUAUCCAUCUCUACGGACACAAACAUAUAUUUGGCAGCUGGAGAUGGUCUUAUGGAACUUGAAGGAUUCACCUCCGUGUACACCAAUGUUGUCACAAAAUCCAGCCUUCUCAGUGACAGAGACUUUAAUAGCUUGCAUGGGAACACAAAAGCAGCCCUUGAUUAUUAUGUAUCAAUCAACAGUGAUUAUUACAUUGCUACAUUCUUUGGUAAUAUGGAUAAGAUGGUGGCUGCAAUGCGGGCUGUGGAUGGGGUUUACAAAUCGCUUUUCUUAAGUAGGAGGGCUUUUGCGACAUUGACUUCUAAAGGGAUCAGGGGCGAAAAAUUAAUGGAUGAAUUAUGGAAGACUCACAGAGAUGAUUUUGUUAUGAGUAGGGGUUAUGCCUUGUCCGACUGUUUUUGUGAAUUCCAGCUGUAGGUAGGUGUAACUGUUUAAGUGAGUUUUCUGUCAACAUUCCUUGAGAUUUUGUGAUGUUGUACCACGUUAUUCAUUUUUAGAGCAGCACAGAUAAUACGUGUAGAUGAGAAGAUUAGUAGCAACAAAUUUUUUAGUCCUGAAUUUGGUACUUCACUGGAUGCAAGAAGUAGCGGACCAAAACAACUCAGCAAUUUUUCUUCAACUUCAGCAGAAUUGUAAGAAGCGUUAACAGUUGCAGAAUUUGGGCCACUUGACAAUCAGCACGCACCCCUUCUAUUAGGAGUGAUUAUUUUACCUUUUCU